AUGUCUAAAAAGAAACAAACAAAAGAGAAGGCAAAACAAGAAGAUGAUGCCUCGAACAUUUCUGGACUGUCGCCAGCUGAAGCAAUCCCUGCUCAGACUUUUGAUGAAUAUGAGUGCACGGGAAAUGUGGAGAUCGACUUCCCUGUGCUUAGCACCCUUCUGAACAUGAAGAAUAUCCCAGAAGUCUCUAGCAAGCAACCGGACUUUUGCACAACUGAAACUAAAGGAGAGGACACGGACAACUACCAGUCACAGAUAAAUCCUUCACCCGUCUGGCCGAAGCCACGCAUAAACGUUGAGCUGGAAAAUGAAGACCCCCUCAGUGCCAAAAUGAUGAAGAUUUCUGGAUGGAAGGUGACUGAGCAGAUUUUCAGAGUAAUGCAGAAGAUGCUUCCCUCCAUGAGCCAGCUGCUGAGCCUUCAGUUUUGGCAGGCGGGACUGACAGAUCAGAUGGUAAUCUCUCUCACAAACACAAUCUCUCUGUGCUCUGGCCUCAGAGCUGUGACCAUAGAGGGGAACAUUCUUCCACAGCAGAUCUUCCACCUUCUUCUCUCUGAAAGCAGCAUUCUCACCCACCUAUCUCUACGAAACAAUCGGAUCGGAGACGAAGGCGCUCGUCUGAUUGGUUCGGCUCUCUCCACCUCCACAACCGCUAACAAGAACCUCUUGUCACUCAACCUGGCGUUCAAUUCUAUUGGUGACGCAGGUGCUGCACAUAUUGCACGGGGCCUGCGGCUGAAUCGGACUCUGCUCAUUCUCUCACUGGCCAACAAUCAGAUUGGAGACUCGGGAGCUGCUCCUCUGGCUGAGAUACUUGGUGAGUUUCCUCUAACUCACGAGGAAGUCGUGGAAAGAAGGAAGCUGCUCCUGCAAACAAUAAGUGCUUCUUCGUUUAAGGCUGAUUUGGAGCAGUUUUCAAGUAGCCAGCUUAGCUCAACACAAAGCAUGUCAGUGAGUGUUACCAAAGCAGACAACAAAGUCAUAUCCAAGAAAAAGGAAGCUUCCAGAAAAGAUGUGAAAACCAUUGAAGUCAAAGAAAAAACCAGCAAGAAAGCUUCUGAUGUAAAGCCAACUCCUAUUAAAGGUGGAAAAUUAGGGGGUAAAGAUCAACAAUCAUCUAGACAAGAGGAUAAAUCAAACAGUUCCCUGAAUGAGGCAGAGUUACUGGAGACAGCCAACCCCCUGCUGGACCAGUCUGUGCAUCACAAGGACGGCCAGCUUGUUCUGCCUGGAAAUACAACGCUCACCUCCCUGAAUCUAGCAGGCAACAGAAUUACAGAGAAGUCACUUCCUCUGUUUCUGGCUGUUCUGGAGAUGCAGCAGGAGGAGGACAGAAGCUUGCAGCGUCUCUGCCUGCAGAGAAACCGUUUCCCAGCUGAGUCUAAAUGUUACUUGAAGAUAAAGGACAUCAUGGCUCUCGCAGAUGGUGUCGUCAAAACCAGCUCCGGGACAAUGGAAGAGGAGGGACGGGGGACAUGA